AUGAGCUUAAAGAAAUUAUAUUCACAACUAAUACUACAAGUGCCGUCGGAUCAAUUGGAAUUUGGAGAAGAUGAAAGACUAGAAAGACUCACAAGAGCUUUAUUAGAUGGGAAAUAUGCAGAAGUUAUAGAAAUAAGUGAUUACAAGGAAAUUUCAAGUUUACCAGAUAUUCAAAACAUUUUAAAACAAUAUCCCCAAAAACCAUUAAUUGAAGUAUUGCAAAUUUUUACAAAUAAAUUAUUUGAAUUAACUAAUAAAUUUAUUGGAGAAAAUUCAUUUAUAAGUUUACAAUCAUUUGCUAUAGCUUUUUUACAAUUAUUUAUACAAUCAAAUUUUACUGGACCUCCUAUUACAUUACAAUCUCAUUCUAUAUUUUUCCCAAAUGUUGAUCAAAAUAAAGUUCAAAAAGAUGCAGUAAGAGCAUUAUGUAUGGAAGGACAACAAGCUUAUGAUUUAAUGCAAGAUCCAAUAUAUUUAAUAGUUUCAGAAUUAAUAUUUGAAAAACUUAUGAAUAUUCCAAUUUUUCAAAAUUUUAAUACUGAAUCACUAUUGAAUCAUAUUGGAACAACUAUUCAGAAAAUUGAUUCACCUUUAAAGGCAUCAAUAAGUUGGUGGUUUUCAAGAGCUUUACAAAUUCAUGCAUCUGUAUUAUCAGAUACUCCAAGUAUUAUACUGUCCAUAUGUGGAAUUUUAUUAAAUGAUCAAUUACUUUUGAACCUAAUUCCUGAAGGUGAUAAAGAAAUCAAAAAAUUAUUAGAAAUUCAAUUCUUAUUAGAACAAGCUAGAAUUAAUAUACAUGCAAAAACUGAACAUUCAGCAACAACACCACUUAUAAAAGCUUUUAAACUUUCAAAAUUACAAUUAUUAUUAUCUGGUGCAAAAGCAAAAAGAACCAAAUAUCAAAAAUUUUUUACAUCAAAUUUAAUUGUAUUGGGAAAAAGUUAUGAACCAACAUUAUAUGAUUAUAAUGAAAAUAAUAAACUUGAGAAAUUUCAAUUAGAUUCUGAUCUAUUGUUAGAAAAACCAGAAUUUGAUUCAUUAGAAAAUUUAAAUUUAGAAUUGGAAAAUGUAAGUAAAAAAAUUAAAUUAGAUCCUGAAUUAUUAAUUGAUGAUUUAGAAGCUGAUAGAUUAUUACCAUUAGCAAUGAAAGUUGAAGAUAUUCCAUCAGAUUUAAAAGAAUUAGAUCCAAAUAAUCAACCACCAUUAAAUAAUAUUGAUGUGCUACAAGUACUUUUAAGAUUAGCGGUAAUAAAACAAACUUCUCCAUCAAAUGAUCCAUUAGUUGAAGAAGAAUUACUAGCAUUAGUAGCAAGAAUAUUAUAUUCAAAUCCAGAAGGAAUUAAUUGGUUACUUUUUUCAAGAGCAUUAUGGGAAAGAUCAAUUCUUGAAACUAGUAAAUCAAGAACUAUAGAAAGAGGUUUAUUACAAAUGACAUCAUUAGUUGAAGAAAUGGGAUUAAAAAUAAAAACAAGAUUAUUACCACAGACACAACAACAAGAAAAUUUAAAUGAAAUAGCUUGUCAAAGAUUAAGAUUUAUUCAUCAAUUACCUCUCCUACCUCAAUGGGUCAUGGAUGUUAAAUUAGCUGAAACUUAUAUGUCAUUAGGAGUUUUAAAAUCUGCAUUAGAAAUUUAUGAAGGAUUAGAACUAUAUUGUGAAGCUGCUUUAUGUUAUGCAGCAGUUGGUAAAGAAGAAGAAGCUGAAAAAAUUUUAAUUGGAAGAAUAAAAGAAUUCCCCACUGAUGCAAGAGCUAUAUCAAUAUUGGGAGAUAUAAAACAAGAUCCAUCAUUAUGGGAAAAAUCUUGGGAAAUUGGUAAAUAUCCAAAAGCAAAAGCUUCAUUAUCAAAAUAUUAUUAUAGUCAAAAAAAUUUAGAAGCUGCUAUUGCCAACAUGUUUGAUUGUUUAACUGCAAAUCCAUUAAAUUUUGAAAAUUGGUAUUUUUAUGGAUGUUGUGGAUUAGAAUCAGGUCAAUUUGAAUUAGCUUCAGAAGCUUUUACAAGAUGUGUUUCAUUAGAUGAUACAAAUUCUUAUGCAUGGUCAAAUUUAGCAAGUAGCUUAUUAAAAUUAGAUAAAAAAAGACCUGCUUUUAAUGCAUUACAAAAAGCUAUAAGAUGUGGAGGAGAUAAAAAAUCUUGGAGAAUUUUUGAAAAUUAUAUGAAUGUUGCUUCACAAUUAAAUGAAUGGAAUGAUGUAUUAUUUGCAUAUAAUGAAUUAAUUCAAAUAAAAAAAAAUGAUGGAGAUUCUGCUAUUGAUUUACCAAUGUUGGAAAAGUUAGCAGAAAUUUUAAUAUCAAGUGAUUAUAAUGAUACAAAAUUAACUCAUUUUCAAAAGACAUGUAUUGAUUUAAUAUGUAACAAAAUACCAUCAAUUAUAACAUCAUCAUCUCGAUGUUGGAAAAUAGUUGCUCGUGUUGAAUUAUGGAGACAAAAACCAUGGUUAGCAUUAGAAUAUAAUGAAAAAGCAUAUAGAGUAUUAUUACAUAAUCCAGAAUUAGAAUCAAAUGAAAAUAUAUGGAAUGAAGUUGUUGAAGCAUGUGAUGAUUUAGUUAGUGCAUUUGAAUCAUUAGGUGAAUUACCAGGUAAACAUGGAGCAGGAGAUUUAGUAUGUAAAGAUUGGAAAUAUAAAGCAAGAACUACAAUUCGAUCCCUUAUGUCAAAGGGAAAAGAUUCAUGGGAAGAUUCAAAAGGUUGGGAAAAAUUAAUUGAAUUAAAAGAACAACUUAAUAAUCACUAA